CAACUUGAAGAAAAAGAAAAGGAACGUUUAGAUCAAAUUGAACAGAUUGAAAAAAUCACUAAAGAAUCAUUCAAUCUUUGUGAAGAUGUUCGUAAACUUUAUUUUCUAUUCCAAAAACAAAAAUCAUCUUUAAAACAAAUGAAACAAAUUAAGAUUGAACUUGAAAAUACUAAAGAAGAACAUCGACAACAAAUGUUACAGAAUCAACAAGAAUUAGAACAAUUGAAACAAACCAAUGAAUCAUUGUUGAUACAAGUUAAAAGUGUAGAUACAUUGAAUUCAAUGUACGAUACAAUGCAAAAACAAUUACAAAAAAUCAACGAUAAUAAAGAAAAAGAAUUUAAAAACAAACUUGAUGAAAAAGAUAAAAUUAUUGCCGAUCAACAGGCAAGAAUUCAUGAAUAUGUUGAAAAAGUUAAAUUGAUUCAAAUGGAAAAAGAUAAAGUUUUACGAUCAUUUCAUGAUAAAGUAUUGGAUUCAAUGAAACAAUCAUCAUCGAUUUCGGUUUCGGCUGUAACGCCAAUCACAAAUCAAGCUGGUUAUAAAAUUUUUCCUAAAACUUCUACGAAACGAUUAAAUGAUGAAAAUGAAAAUACUACCGCAUUUGAUAAUCAACAAUGUCAAGAAAACUAUGAAAAAACUUUGGAUACUGUUAUCAUAUCGAAGGAUCAACAAGUGGAAAAUACUAUGGAUUUUCAAUUGCCACAAUCUUCAUCAUCCUAUUCAAUCGUAAAAUCGAAAAAGUCCAACAACACUAUUGAUGCAAAUAGUGAUGAUGAUAUCUUUAAAAACAUUGUCACCACUUCGAUCAAUGAGCCAGUGCCAAAAUCGAAACCUAUUUCGAAUAUUGCUCCGAUUUCAGCUAAACUAGCUGAACAUGAUGCUGACAAAGCACAAAUUAUCACCGAUUCGAUCAAUAAAUUACCCGACAAUGAUUGUGAAAAAAACAAAUCAAAAAUAGAAUCUACAAAUAUUGUGGGAAUAUUGAAACGAAAAAAUUCAGUUCGAAAUGAUUCAAUUGAUUCAAAAACCAGAAACAAUUUAUCAAAUGACAAUAAAACCAAAAAGAUUAGAUUUUCCGGUGAUGUAGUUGAUAAUGAAAAACAAAGUACAACAAAGGCUUCAAAGUUACCAACUUAUCGUGCCAGGAAGAAAUCUCUUAUCGAUAUUUCAUAUGUUAAAAGUAAUUCGAAUGAAAAAAUGAAAUCAACAAAUUCGAAAAACAAACGUAAAUCUAAAUUGUUUGAUGAUGAUUCAGAAAGUUCUCCGGAUUGGGUUGAUGAUGUUUUCACUUUCCCUUGAAACUUAUCUACUAAUCAAAUUGAUUCCAUUAUUCUUUCUUUUUUUUUGUUUUGUUAAUUAUCAAUAAUCAUUAAUUUCAAAUA